AUGUACAAGGCUGCAAGGACUAAGCGAAAUUGUACCGGAUACUGUAGCUAUGUAAGUCAGUGUAGCUUGGCGCCAAGUCCCACAGAGCUAACCUUGGAAGUGGCACCUCGAACCCGUGAUGAGGUAGUUAAUCAGCUUUUUCCUUCAUUUUCCGGCCGUCGGAGUUUAACCGCCGGUGGAGAAAACCUCCCGGAAGUCUCCACUUUCAGGGUCCCACAGAUUCUUGUUGGGAAAAUAAAGAUGAUGAAGAAUAUGAUGGUGCUUUCCAGUUCUGCUACAUUCAUUUCUAGUAAUUUCUACCCUUCUUUCCUGUUGCCAUUUCACCACUCCUCCUCCGUCAUGGGACAAAAAAGAGUAAAUUUUUUUGUUUUGGGUUUUCUCAGUUUGAACUGUUGUAAAAGAGCAUCGGGGGAAAAUUCUGCCCACAGAUUUUCUAGUAAGAUAGAAGAUUAUGGCAAAAUCAGAUUUCCUGAUGUAUAUGCUCCUCGAGCCCAACAACAACAGCAGCAAUUGAUUGAGGAAGAAGCUCCACCAAUGACAGAGGUCAUUCCUUCACUAAGAGUUUCCCCAGGUCAGGCACAUCCACUUGGAGCAUCAGAGCUUGAGAAUGGUGUUAAUUUUGCCAUUUUUUCUCAGCAUGCAACUUCAGUCACGCUUUGCUUGCAACUUCCUCAGAGUCGGGAAAAGCUUGACACCUUGCAUGGAGAGAUGAUUGAAUUGACGCUGGAUCCUCAAGUGAAUCGAACUGGAGAUAUAUGGCACAUUUGUGUUGAGGAUUUGCCUCGCAGCAAUGUCCUGUAUGGCUACUACAUGGAUGGUCCUAAAGAUUGGAGUCAAGGUCAUCGAUUUGAUAGAAGCAUUCUGCUGAUUGAUCCCUAUGCUAAGCUUGUUGAAGGCCGGCGAGUUUUUGGAGAUCUUAACAAUAGAGGGUCACAGUUUUUAGGAACUUUUGACUUUGAUACCUUGCCAUUUGACUGGGGUGACGGUUACAAGCUUCCCAAUAUACCCGAGAAAGAUCUUGUUAUAUAUGAAAUGAAUGUCCGGGGUUUUACAGCCGAUGAAUCUAGUGGAUUGGAUCCAAGCAUACGUGGCAGCUACCUUGGUGUGAUUGAAAAGAUACCUCAUCUCUUAGAGCUUGGCAUAAAUGCUGUAGAAUUGCUGCCUGCCUUUGAGUUUGAUGAAUUGGAGUUCCAAAGGCGCCGUAAUCCUAGAGAUCACAUGAUCAACACGUGGGGUUAUUCAACUAUAAAUUUCUUUGCACCUAUGAGUCGCUAUGCAAGUGCCGGUGGGGGACCUGUCAGUGCUUCUAGAGAGUUCAAAGAAAUGGUUAAGGCACUACAUGGUGCAGGAAUAGAGGUCAUUUUGGAUGUUGUUUAUAACCAUACAAAUGAGGCUGAUGAUGAGAACCCAUAUACUACCUCUUUCCGUGGGAUAGAUAACAAGAUUUAUUACAUGGUGGAUUUGAACAAUGGUGGUCAGCUGUUGAACUUUUCAGGCUGUGGGAACACAUUCAACUGCAAUCAUCCUGUGGUCAUGGAGUUUAUACUUGAUAGCUUGAGGCACUGGGUCACAGAGUAUCAUAUCGAUGGAUUUCGCUUUGAUCUAGCCAGCGUUCUUUGUCGAGGAGCUGAUGGUUCUCCACUUAAUGCUCCCCCACUUGUUAGAGCAAUUGCUAAAGAUAGUAUCCUAUCACGGUGUAAGAUUAUUGCAGAACCUUGGGAUUGUGGAGGUCUUUAUCUUGUUGGAAGUUUUCCAAAUUGGGAUAGGUGGGCCGAGUGGAAUGGUAUAUACCGUGACGAUGUUAGAAAGUUUAUAAAGGGUGAUGCUGGAAUGAAAGGGAGUUUUGCAACUAGAAUGGCAGGUUCUGCUGAUCUUUACAGAGUCAACAAGCGCAAGCCUUGUCACAGUAUCAAUUUUGUUAUUGCACAUGAUGGGUUUACGCUAUAUGAUCUUGUUUCAUAUAACACUAAGCAUAAUGAUGCAAAUGGAGAAGGUGGCAAUGAUGGAAGCAAUGACAACUUCAGCUGGAAUUGCGGAGCUGAAGGAGAAACUGCAGACCCAAAAAUUCAGGCACUACGUUCCCGUCAAAUGAAAAAUUUCCAUUUAGCACUAAUGGCAUCACAGGGGGUACCAAUGAUGCUCAUGGGGGAUGAAUAUGUACAUACUCGUUACGGUAAUAACAACAGCUAUGGCCAUGAUACUGCUAUCAACCAUUUCCAGUGGGGACAUUUGGAGGCCAAGAAUGAUCACUUCAGGUUUUUCUCGGAGUUAAUAAAAUUUCGCAACCGGCAUCAUGUUUUUAGAAGAGAAAAUUUUAUUGGGAAGAGUCAGGUGACAUGGCAUGAAGACAACUGGGACAAUGCAGAAAGUAAAGUUUUGGCAUUUACGCUUCAUGAUGAGAAUGGAGACGAUGUUUACCUUGUAUUCAAUGCACAUGAUUAUUUUGUUAAAGUUGGGAUACCAUCUCCACCACAAAAAAGACGGUGGUUCAGAGUGGUAGACACAAAUCUGGAAUCGCCAGAUGAUGUCGUGCUCGAAGGUGUUCCGGGAAUUGGGACUAGAUACAAUGUUGCACCUUACUCUUCGGUGCUUCUUAAAGCAAAAAAGAAGUGAAUGGCAGAGGUGUUGCUCAAGAAUGUGGUUGUCCCACACUGAAGUUGCUUGGGGGUGGUUGAUAGCUGCCAGAGAUCCAGAAAAAUAAGAAUAAGAGACUGCAGUAUCUUAACCAGAUGGAGAAUAAGAACAGGUAAAACUUGGACAGGAUUAUACAUGGGUCAUCAGUCAUCUGAUCAAACUCAGGGAAAGCAUUCCCCAUAGUGGUAAACUACAAAUUUUUAUAAUACAGCCAGGCCAUAAAAUAAAGGAGGACGCGUCCAAUAAAUUCUUGUCCAUGGUGCAACACAGGAGUCGCAAUUUUUUGGUUUUCAAAUCAGAUUCUUGCACUAAUAAAAUUGUCAGAUGCACCACAUUGACAAAGUUAAUGUCCUGGGAUCAUCUUUUUUCCUGGGUCAAUAUUACUAGUGUUGUGAUGUGUUUUUCUUUUUCUCUUAUUUUGGUAAGCUUCUCUUCAGGUAGUGAAUGAAAUUUUUUUAAA